AUGUCACUCCCAUCAGUCCAAAACACUAUGCUCCUUUUCCAACUCUCACUCGAUAAUUCUUCUGAGCUUGAUGAUGGUUUUGUCUUUGAUAUUCAUCCUAGUUUGCUUGUGGACUGUCGUAAACUAAUCAUUGGUGAAAAGAUCGGCGAAGGAGGAUACUCUUCUGUAUACAAAGGAUGGUAUGAAAAUUGUCCUGUAGCUAUUAAGGUUAUACUCCCAGAAAAAACAAAUGAUGCUACACCAGAAGAAUGUAAGGCCAGCUUUCAGAAGGAGGUGAACCUUUUAUCUAGGAUUCAACAUGAAAAUGUUAUCAAGUUUAUUGGAGCCUCUGUGGAACCAAUGAUGAUAAUUACUGAACUUUUAGAAGGUGGUUCUCUUUAUAAAAACAUGAAGAGAAUCCAUCCAAUAACUUUUAGUUUGGAACAAUGUCUAAGCUAUGCUCUUGAUAUUUCACAAGCAAUGGAAUAUCUGCAUGCAAAUGGAAUAAUUCACCGUGAUCUCAAGCCUGAUAACUUACUGCUUACCAAAAACAAUGAUCAUGUUAAAGUUGCUGAUCUUGGGUUAGCUAGAGAGAAUAUAUGUAAUCUUAUGACUUCUGAAAUCGGUACUUACCGAUAUAUGGCUCCUGAGCUAACGGGCAUAGAUCUUCCAAGGGGUGCAAAGAUAUGUUAUGAUCAUAAGGCUGAUGUGUACAGUUUUGCAAUAACUCUUUGGUCUUUGAUUAAAAAUGAAACUCCAUUUAAAGAAAAGCAAGGCAUCAUAGCAGCAUAUGGUGCAAGAAGGAAUAUCAGGCCAAGUUUGGCUGAAUUUCCAGAAGAAAUAAUCACCCUGCUGGAAUCCUGUUGGGAUAAAAACCCAAAACUCAGACCAGAAUUCAAGGAAAUCACUGAAAUACUGAUAAGCAUUCUCUUUGAUCUUUACACAGCCAAGAUUAAUGCACUUGCAAGCAUAAAACCAAUCUGUACUGAUCGCGUUGAUUUCGAAAUUGAAGAAGAAAGUUCAAAUGUGCAACAUACUACAGCUAGCUUAGUGUCCACUGUUGAGAAUGAGACUCUAGGACCCGAUGGAGGAGCAGAAGCUGUUAACAGUCUCAUAUUGGAUGAAAGUCGAGAUCAAUCUGGAUCUCAAGCUGAAUCUCAGAGUGGAACACAAACACCAUUCCAUGACUUGGUUGAAAAGAAACCAAAACAAAAGAGUAAGAUGAAGCAUUUAUUUUCCUAUUUUCUUGGUUGCAUUGCCUUUUGAUAGGGCAUUCCAGAAUUCUGCAUACAUCAAGUAUGGAUUGUUGGAUUAGCUUUCAAAGGAUCCAUCUAAGGAUUUGGCAUUGUUGGUUGAUGAGUUUAAUUUUUAUUUUCUUUUGUCAUUGAUGCAAGAAUAUCAGAACUCAAGUUUAUUUUUUAUGGCACACAGAACUCAAGUUUUUAUAUUUAUAUAUGUUUUGGUGAACUUUAUAUU